CUAAAUCCUUUUGCUUUCGUCUCCUACUCCUGCACCUGAGCGCUAAAACUCUUCUGCAGCAGGAGAACACCCUUUUCCUCUCGCCCUCUCUCGCUCUCUCUUCGGCGGCGGCAAUAUAUAAAUUCAUAAGCUCACGCUGAAAAAACGUACAAAACUUGUAGACAAAUUCCUCUCUGUCGAAAGCCAUGCCUUCAAUAGCUCUCUCCGACGAUAUGCUCUCUGCUGGCCCCAAGGACAAGAAGGAGAAGAAGAAGAAGAUGAAGAGCCUAGCUCUGGCUGAAACCCUAGGAUCGGAGUUGGAGAAGAAAAGCAAGGAGUCUAAGCUCAAGAAGCGAAAGGCUUUGGAGAUUGAGGCUGAUGAAGACAGAAGCGAGACGAGCUCCGAACUUGGUGAGCCGGUGAAUUCGAAACUCAAGAGUGUUGUCGAGGUUGAGAAGGAGAAGAAGAAGAAAAAGAAGAAGAAGGCGAAGGUUGAAGAUGAUGAAGAAGAAGAAGAAGAAGAAGAGGAGGAGGUGGAGGAGGACCCGAAUGCAAUUUCAAGGUUCCGUGUCUCGGCGCCCUUGAAGGCCAUGUUGAAUGAGAAGGGGAUCGAGUCGUUGUUUCCGAUUCAGGCCAUGACAUUCGAUACCAUCUUGGAUGGCAGCGACUUGGUUGGACGGGCUCGUACUGGACAGGGUAAAACGCUGGCGUUUGUGUUGCCCAUCUUGGAGUCCUUAACAAAUGGGCCUACAAAGUCUUCCCGAAAAACUGGAUACGGGAGGCCACCAAGUGUUCUUGUACUUUUACCCACUAGGGAGUUGGCGAAUCAGGUCUAUGCUGAUUUUGAAGUUUAUGGUGGGGCAUUGGCAUUGACAUCAUGCUGUUUAUAUGGAGGAGCUGCUUAUCAUGCUCAAGAAAUAAAAUUAAAGAGAGGGGUUGAUAUAGUUGUUGGAACGCCUGGGCGUGUAAAGGAUCAUCUUGAGAGGGGAAACAUUGACUUCAGCUCUUUGAAGUUUCGGGUCCUUGAUGAAGCUGAUGAAAUGUUGAGGAUGGGUUUUGUUGAAGAUGUUGAGCUCAUUCUAGGCAAAGUAGAGGAUGUAAGUAAAGUUCAAACACUUCUCUUCAGCGCAACCUUGCCAGAUUGGGUGAAAGAUAUUUCCUCUAGGUUUCUUAAGCCAAAUAAGAAAACUGUAGAUCUAGUUGGUAAUGAGAAGAUGAAGGCAAGUAAAAAUGUUACUCAUAUUGUUCUGCCCUGUUCAAGUUCAGCAAGAUCACAACUUAUUCCUGAUAUCAUUCGUUGUUAUAGCAGUGGUGGCCGCACUAUUAUUUUUACUGAAAAGAAGGAAUCUGCUUCUGAACUUGCUGGGUUGCUUCCUGGAGCACGAGCCUUGCAUGGGGACAUACAGCAGGCUCAACGAGAGGUCACACUUAAAGGUUUCAGGUCAGGUAAGUUCAUGACUCUGGUGGCCACAAAUGUUGCUGCAAGGGGAUUGGAUAUCAAUGACGUCCAAUUAAUUAUUCAGUGUGAGCCUCCGCGUGAUGUUGAAGCCUAUAUUCAUCGAUCUGGACGCACAGGAAGAGCAGGCAAUACUGGUAUUGCUGUAAUGCUUUAUGAUCCAACGAGGGCAAAUUUUAAUAUAUCUAAAAUCGAAAGAGAAUCUGGUGUGAAAUUUGAACACAUAUCUGCUCCUCAGCCACUUGAAGUUGCAAAAGCUGCAGGUGUUGAAGCAGCAGAAACAAUAAACCAAAUAUCCGAUAGUGUAAUUCCUGCUUUCAAGUCAGCUGCUGAAGAGCUGUUGAACACGUCUAGUCUAUCUGCUGUAGAACUAUUAGCAAAAGCACUUGCUAAAGCUGCUGGUUAUAGUGAAAUAAAGAGUAGAUCACUUCUCUCCUCGAUGGAGAACCAUGUAACAGUGCUACUUGAGGUUGGAAGACCCAUCUACACACCAUCUUUUGCUUAUUCGGUCUUGAGGAGAUUCUUGCCUGAGGAGAAGGUUGAGCUGGUAAAGGGUAUGGCUCUGACAACCGAUGGAAGAGGUGCCGUAUUUGAUGUGCCAGCUGACGAAUUGGAUACAUUUCUUGCUGGUCAAGAAAAUGCAGCUAAUGUAAGCUUAGAGGUGCUAAAAGCGUUGCCAAGUCUGCAAGAAAAGGACCGAAGAUUUGGUAGUGGUGGUGGUGAUCGGGGUGGGUUUCGUGGCAGGGGUGGUAAGUUUUCUUUUGGAAGAGGUGGAAGGGAUGGUGGUUUCUCUGAUAGAAGAAAUGAUAGGUUUUCCGAUCGAUCUGGUAGAGGAAGAGGAGGAAGAGGUCGCGGUGGCAAGAGAUGGUGAAGGGUGUGAUUACUAUGUAAUCAGAGUGGUUACAGUGGCCACAGAAGCAAUAAUGAAGAAAAUGUCGUUCUAUACAGGUCCUUGACUAAUGAAGAUUCUCUUGGCCCGGUGUAGAGGAUUUUUCUUUUUACACUUUUUGUUGCCCGCUUUAUUGGGCAUGUUUUUCUACUAUUUUUUUUGCGUUUUUCUUUUUCCGUUUUUCCUGUUUUGGGCUGCAUUCCUUAUUGUGUUCAUGGGGAUUUUUCCAUGUGUCCCCAUUUAAUUUAUUUUGAAAAUAUAAAAUUGUACUCUAAAAUAUUAAUUUAUUAAAUUUGGAAAAAAAAAGUAGUUUGGGUUCUUA